AUCAAAAAAAUGUUUUGAGUGAGAAUCAGUAACAAGUAAUUUUUUAGAAGAUCUUAAAUUAAUAACAAAAGCGAGUGAAUUUCGAGAUUUUCAGCAUAAAUUUUGCAAUUUCAUAUAACGAUAAAGAAAGACCAAAAAUUAGUUACAACUGAUUUAAUGGAAAGCUGUAUACAACAAUAAAAACGGAUGAAAUUGAGCAGUUGAAUAAAUUUUCGUGUGGCGGCUACAGUGAUGAGACAACAAUAGUUUAUUUGGUGCAUCCAUGUCGAAUCUUAUCGGCACUUGAGAUUUUAGGUUUUCGUGUGGUCGCUUCUUCAUCGACAGCUGUUAAGCAGGAUUACAACGAGUAUAUGUGGACUAUGCGAAAAGAGUUCCAUGAGCCAGAACCACUUGAAACGGAAUCGGUUGUGCGUGAAAAUCUAUCAAAUAUAGGACGUGAGGCAGCUGGUUUAGCCAAUUAUCACAAAGUUGAUUCGCCUGAAUAGGAAUAAAGAAUAAAAAACAAGAGAAAAAAAGUAGCAAUAUAAUGGACUCCCAAGCGCCCGCACAACAACAACAACCACAACAACAACAACAGCCAACGCCCGCAGAAGCGCAGCCUGCACCUAACAAUCCGAUUACCACCAUUGGCAACGCAGCGGCUGCAGUAAAUUAUAUCGCCGCCGCGGCAACAUCAUCCGUUGCUGCCCAAACAGCAACAUCAACAAACUCAGUACCGAAUUCGGUAGCGAAUGUUGUCACCAUACCUGUACCGAUUGUGCAAAACGAAGAGAACUACACGUAUGUUACGGUGAAGGGUUCUCUGCACGAUCGCUCAUGCGCCGUGUUCGGCCUUAACGAAACGGAAAUUCAAGCAUUAUCGAAACGUUUCGGUAGUGGGUUAAAGGGUGCCGUCAACGGCGUCAUGGUAAACAUUACACCGAUGGACAUGGUAAAUACUUUGGCGCAACUGAGCUAUAAAGUUAUUUGUAGUUGUGGCGAGGCGGAGAUCAGUUGGACAAUGCAACGCGAGAUUUAAAGCGUAUUCUACGAAAACAAACAAACAGCCGGAUAACUACAGUUGAUUAUUACUAUUUGAAAUAUUACAAAUUUAAUUGUUAAAAAAAAAAAAUCAUAACCGCAACGACAUAUUUACAUAAAUGCUAUGCUGCAAAACAUAAAUACAGAAUAAUGAAAAAUA